CGAAGCAUCAAGACACAGAGCAGCAAUGGCCAAGUCAAAGAACCACACCAACCACAACCAAAACAAGAAGGCCCACAGGAACGGCAUCAAGAGGCCGACUUCCAACAGGUACCCCUCCAUGAAGGGUGUCGACCCCAAGUUCCGUCGCAACCUCAAGUACGCACAGCACGGAACACAAAAGGCGAUUCGCGCUGCCCGGGCUGAAGCUGCCAACUAGGACUUUGUUCCUCUCGACAAAGAGCAGCAUCUAUGUCAAUGAGCAAAGCUUGCAUCAGCAUCUCGCGACAAGAUGAGCAUAUUUGACGACAGCAUCCUCUUUUGCAUGACUCUUCUUUUCGACCUAUAGUGUCCAUACAACACGCUAUCCUCGACAAACUAUCCUACUGGCCUGACUGAUCUGUGUUUGAUUCAAAAUGGGAAGAGCAAUGGGCAAUGACAAGCACGAUUGUGUAAGGCGCCAGCUGACUACCUCUACAGCUUGGUGACCUAAGGAAUACUUGUGCAAGAGUGAAUUGGGAAGCAAGCAGC